AUUUCGUUUCUUUUGAUCGUUUUGCAACGAUCGGUUGGCUUGGACUGAUUUCAGUCAAUUUCGGCGAUUAUAAUUAGAUUUUUACAGAUAAAUCGUGUUUUUUAUAAAAUUUAACAUAAAGAUCUCGUGUUUAUUGCAAAUACUAUGAUUUGAUUAUAACAAAUGUGAAAUGUUUUAGGCAAAUAGUUAAUUGAGGAAUGUUCAAAGUAGCAUACAUUUUCCCGCCACCGAUUUUCGCUUGUGCGCUCAAAAAAUUUCGUAUUUCGUUGAAAACAAUCCACACUAGCAAGCAUUCGUUAGUGUGUUUGUGCUGGAACUCAGCGCAAUUUGACAAGCUGUCGUUUAUUGAGAGAAGGGAAGAAUAAAGUCAGUGAAUAUAAAGCAAGCCAUCGCAAGAACGCAAGUAGCCUCGUAGCAGUAGGAAAAAUAGGUGGUCAAUAGUGCAAAAGGACAAAAUGCCUCUGUUACGGGGGAAGCUUUUCGUAAAAGACCAUGGGUCGGAGCGUCUCCGAGAUAGUGAUGAAGUUUUCUACUGUGAGACAACGAACGAAAUCUUCAGCAACUAUGAGGACUACUUCCACCGAGUUAUGCUUAUUUCUUCGACUGUGUGGAGCUGUACUAUAACCGGCAAACAUAGUCUGACAUAUGAAGAAGCACGCGAGUCGGAAAAACAAGCACGGAAGCAGUUGAAAUCGUUUCCUUCUGCCGUACGGGGACCCUUCCUGGUGGUUGCCUCGCACACCAAGCGCAGCUCGCUGAACGAGAUGCUGGAAGAUGUUUUUGGGUUUAUAAAGGACCACUAUUUCAAGGCCGAAGAAGUGGACGCCCUAGAUCCGAACGGAAAGACGUACCGGAAUGCAACAGUGAUGGAAGUUAUCGCACCGAACAAUAGAAAUAGUCCCAUCAAAGCGGAUAAACUAAAGUAUCGUGUUUCCUCAAAUGACGGUCGCAAACCUAAGGAGUGGACUAUUAUUUCCGAAAAUCUGAGACGCGAACGUGGUGCGGCAUCGCGUGAUAAGUGCAAGCUGUUUCUGAAACAACAUGUUGAACUGGUGGCAGGGGUUUUGAAAAUUAAAGAAUCUUCGUAUAAAAAGUUUGUCGUAGACGAAGGAUUAAAUGAUGAACAGAUUUUCUUCGGUAAACCACCUGACUUUGAACAGUCUAAACGGUUGAAAAAUGCCGAGGAGAAGAAACUACGUCUUGAGCAGGACCAGAAAAAAUCUCAGUCGCAGAAAACUACGAAGAAAAAAGCAGCAAACGACGGCAAGCAGCCAAGCAUUUCCAAGUAUCUCAACAAAUCCACUGAGGAAACCAGUAAAUCUGCGGCUGAGAACUCUGAGAAGGAGUCGGAAAAAAAAUUGAAGGAAGAAAUGGAACGUGUGCGGAAAGAGAAAGCCGAGAAAGAAGCAUUGGAGAAGAAGCGGAUCGAGGAGCAAAAAGCUAUACUGUCUGAACAAGUGGCUAUUGCCAUCAAAAAGUUCAACCGGGUACAGGAAGAUCAAGAGCUGUCUGAUCAAAGGGUCAUUCCGAAACCGAACCCUGUUAGCACAAUCAUGGGAACAAAGCACUUUGGAGAAUUUCUGUUCAUCUUGGAGUUUGUGACUUCAUUUGCGGAAUUACUCUCGAUCAAAGAUAAGUUCGCCAAUGGCCUCACAAUUGAUUUGCUGGAGAGGGCGCUGCUACUUAAAGAGGUUAAUGGUCCCUUAAGUGACAUUUUCCAAGUGCUCCUGAGCACAAUAUUCUCGCUCCAGUUGGAGGAAGAAAACGAAGUGGCCGUCCGAUAUGAUAAUGCCGCUGAUUUUGGGAACCGGAGAAAUGGCAUCUUAGUGUUCAAAAAAGCGACAGAUGCCGCCGUCUGGUGCGAAACGCAUUAUUGUGCUAAACUCAAUGAACUUCCAAUGGAUUCAACCACCGUGUCGGAAAUGCUUCGUUUACACUUUCUCAUGUCUGGCGCACUCAUCGAGGAGAAAGGAGCCAAGUGGCGAUAUUCUAUACGGGGAGGCUACCAGUCUUUCGACGAUCCCGGCGUUGCACUCGUCGUAGACUAUCCACACAUAUUUCGAGCACUUAAAUCCUAUACCGUCUUUCAACUGCCAGUGUGCGAUAUUUUGAAGAUUCUGAAGUGUCUCAUCGAUCAGCUGCUAACAUACAGCAGUGUGAGGGAUCUAGUUGAGGAACGAGUUGAAAAAUCCCGGAUAGCCCGACUUCAAUAUCUCACCGCAAACGUGGCAAAAAAGAAGCGUGAGUCUCGUGUUUCGUCGGAAAAAUGGGACAUGAAGAUGGACAUCAGAAAAAAGGUUACAGCACUUGAGGGUACUAACGAUGCCAAGGCAGCACUUCGAAAGGAAUUGGAAGAGAAGAUGGCCCAAGAAAUCAUAAAAAUGGAUGCAGAAGCGGAACGCGACAUAAAAAUACUGCAAAAGGACAUAGAUAAAUGUAAGGAAAGUUUUUUCGACUAUCAGAUUUAUUUGGGAUCGGAUCGUGCGCACCGUAGUUAUUGGCUGUUUGAGUCAUUCCCCGGCCUUUUCGUUGAACAUAAUCGCGCACUUUGCGGAAAAUGUCUCGAUAAACCCACCCCUAAUAUUCCCGGUUUGGCCUCCUGUCUACCGGAUCAACGGAAAAAGUUCAUCACACAAACGAUAAUGAACUAUAAACUCAGCGAAAACGAUAAAGAGAAUCAUGAUAUUAAAGGGGAACUUGUUAUUGAAAAAUUGUUGCUCAGUGGGAACGCACGGAUCAAGGGACUCAAUGACCACAACAAGGUGGCGUCUCUGAAUGGUGAAACUAAGGAAGGCGCAGAGACGAUCGCAAAAGAUCCAACACCACCAACAACCGAGGAACUUUUAAUGUGCACUGCGAAUCCUAAAGCAUGCCCUAUACACACCGAUCACUAUCCCGAUACGAUUCGAUGGGGUUUUUAUUACACAGAAGAAGAGAUAGAUGCUUUGAUAGAAAGUCUCAAUCCGAGAGGGACACGGGAGAAGGUACUGCGGGAGACUUUAGAGAAUGAGAAAGAACUAAUUCUCAAUCACAUAAAGAAUUGUCCCGUGGAAAAAAUCACGGCGAAAACGAUUGAUCGCGAAACGGUUUUAGCUGGAAUAAUUUCAAAAUACAGCAGAAAAUAUGAAGCCCCCAAUUUCAACCAUGAACCCGGGGCAGAUGCCAGUGAUAUUUUCGAAUCGAUACUGCGUGAGAACAUUUUGGAGCUGGAGUCCAAGAUUACGGUAGGUUACCUAGGUGACAUGAAGGUGAGUGAUCGGGAUGAGUGGCGAGAGGCUAUAGAAAAAUUCGACUACAAACAACUGUCCGAACCGCUUCGUUGGGGUCCGAAGCGUGUGGUGCCGUUCAAGGAAAAAAAAGAGGACCAAGACGAGCAGGAUGAGGGCAUGGAAAACGAUGAGUCCGAUGAUGACAUGGAAAAGCUUUUGUCACACGGAAACGAUCCUGGCUAUGACUUACCGGACACGAUGGUGUUCGAAUCGGAAGAUUCGAGUGAUGAGGCGAUACUGCUGCACGAUUCCGUCACGUUACGAGAAAAAGUUCAUUCUCUGGCUAAAGCCCUGCUUCAGGUGGAGCAAUGUAUCGAUUCUAAAUUUUUGCGCCACCCAUUCGGUCCGAAGAAGGAAACAAAAGAUAAGGCCACACUGACGAAAAAGCUAAUCGAGGGUCAAAGAAAUCUGGCUCGCUGGGAAGAGUCCCUGAUGCGCGCAACUAACUUUUCGCAAAUUUUCCUGCACUACAACGUGCUGUACGAUGCUAUCCAGUGGUCACGAUCGGCGGAACGCAUCGCUUGCAUGAUUUGCAGAAGGAAGGGUGAUCCAGAUAUGACGUUGCUGUGCGACGAAUGUAACCGAGCGUGUCAUAUGUAUUGCUUGAAACCUAAGCUGAAGCAGGUCCCGGAGGGUGACUGGUUCUGUCCGAAGUGUCGUCCGGAAGAUUACGCAAAGAAAAAGCAAACCAAGAAGCGGAAAGUUUUCGUCGAGGAAGAGCCUGUUGAAGAGAUGGAGGAUGAAAUUCUAGAUGAAACAAUUGCCGAUGAAGAUAACAACGAUCUAACUCAGGAAGAGGAAAUCGAUUGUAAAAAGUGUAAAACUGCUGGCGCUACAGCAAUAUGUUUCACUUGUAGCUCAGCGUAUCAUCCAGAGUGCACAAAAUCUCUCACCAAUGCGCCCAAAAAGCGAUGGAAUUGCGAUAAAUGUAAGAAAGCUGCUGGUAAAAAAUCUGGAUAUUCCAACAAAUCUAAGAAAUCAAAAAAGAAGGUAGCAAUUCGUUUGGCAGCCGCUCUCCUCGAUGAUGGUAAUGAUAAUGAUGAACAUGGCGACAAUUACGACAAGGAAGAAGACACAUUAGAAGGAGAGGAAAUGGAAGACUCAUCUGUGGUAAAUGGUCACAAUGGUGAUGUCGAAUCCAUGAACACAACCGAGGUAGAAGAGGAGCUACAAAGUAGCAGCAUAUCUAAAAGGCGCACUUCCAAACGAAAGGCAUCCGAAGAUUCGGACAACUCCAGCGACAACGAAACGUUGCUGUCCAAGGUUAAGCGGAACCGUCGGUCGUCCUCGAAACGAUCGAUAACGAACGGACACCACGAUGAUGACAACCCCCAUCCGUCACCAAAGUCUCGAAGGAGCACCACCAUGAACAACACCACGAGCGAUGAUUUGGAGUCAUCGAGUUCCCGCAGAGCAAGACGUACUGGCGAUGAUUUACCAUUGAAUAGUGUUGCCUUGUAUACUCUGAUAGAUGACAUCCUGAAGCACAACGAUUCUUGGCCGUUCAAUCGCCCGGUCUCGAUGAAGGAAGUUCCAGACUACUAUACAAUCAUUAAAAAUCCAAUGGAUUUUGCAAAGAUAAAAUCAAAACUGAACAUGGGUGAAUACACGAUCAAUGAGCAGAUGAUGAAUGAUGUGCAGCUUGUUUUUCGCAAUUGCGAUUUGUACAAUACCAACGAAACGGAUAUUUAUCAUGUCGGACGCAAUUUAGAGCGUUACGUGGAGAAGCGCUCGAAAGAACUUUCCCUUCCGUUCAAAUCCAGUGACAUGUUGAGGAAUGAUCCCGACAGGAUGAACGAAUCUACGGCGAUGAACGGAGAUCAGACGUCACCAGACGGAGACGCCGAAAGCAGUAGCGGUAAUGGAAAGAGAAAAUCUACCAAAAAGUAAGAAGCUGCCAGUAUCCAAUAAAAGUAAACGAUUAAGUAAACAACGAUGAAAUGUCAACGUCAUCAGCAUAAUUGCUCUACUGGAAUGAAAUGUAUUUCUAAGUAAUUAUUCCAUUUCGCUGCACAAUCAGAAGGUAUAAAUCAUAUUGCUAUGAACUGGUAGUUAUGUAGCUAAUGCAUUAGUAGGUAAGGUUUUUUUUAAUCCAACAAAACAGAAGGCAGUACAUAGCUAUUGCGUUUGAAUGAUACGGUAAAUUGUCAUCUGUCCACGCUGUAAAGUUUAUUUGUCUGUUAUUUAUAAUUUAAUUAAAUACAUCCUAUACACUUA